UUUUGUCAUAUUCUUUGUUUCCAGCUUAAAACUUUCGAACUUGAUUUCUGCCGUCUCUCAUUCCAUACACGCAAAUUGCAUUUAUACUUUCUACGAUUUGAUUUUUCUCCAACCUUAUUUGUGAUGUUUCUCUAAGCGUCCUUUGAUGCUUCAUUUUGGUUGUUUAGCUUCUUUUGUUAUUGAAUAUGGUGUAAGCUCUUUGUUACAGGCCACCUACUGGGACGGAUACCAAUAAAAUAUGGAGAGAUUAUCAUCACCAUCAGUUCCGGUCGAAAAUGUUGAUUGGAUCAGCAAACUCCCCAAUGAUUUAUUGCUCAUGAUCUUAUCGAGACUGUCCACAGAUGAAGCUGUAAGGACCAGCGUUGUGUCCAAAAGAUGGGAACAUGUAUGGAAGCACAUGUCUCAUUUAGUUUUGGACAUGCGAAAGAAGAUUGCCAGUUCUAAAUAUACGCCAGAGGUUUCGAAGCUGGUUGCGACAUUGAUGACCAAGAUUAUAAACAAUCACCGCGGACAUCUAGAAAGCUGCGUAAUCGACCAUUACACAGAUGGGAUGCUGAAUACUUGGAUUCAGUCACUCACUGGUGCAAGGCAGACCAAGCAUCUCACACUUAGACAUCAUCUUAAACUAACGAACUGUGGAGGAUCUAUCGACUUUCCCCCAAACUCAUUCUCAUAUCUAGGCCUCACAUCACUCUCGCUAUCUACAUACAUAUUCAGAACAUCGCAUUCCUUCAACAACUGCAAAAUUCUCAAGACCCUCAAACUCUCAUGUAUGAUGGCCCCCGAUGUUGGAGUCUUUAACAGAGUCCUCGCAUCUUGCCCUUCCCUAGAGGUGCUUGUACUACACAUCACUUUCCAAAAAAGAAAUGGUCAUUUGAAGAUUGGAAACAAGAGAUUAAAGCUCUUGAAAGUGUCAUUUUGCAAUGAUAUUGAUGGCAUUCAAGUGUCAUCACCUAGUUUGCAUAUUCUCGCCAUCGAUGAAAUUCUCUCCUAUGGAAGAUAUAACUUUGUCCUCACGUCCCCUCGACUCCAGUUUAGUAGAGACUAUAAAAGGACAUGCUUGCCUCACAUCAGCUACAAUAUAUCACAGGAGGAAAAUUGCAUUGGGCAUGGAGAAUUUGUGGUUAACACAUGUGGUGAGUUGUUGAGAGUACGCCUUCCUGCAUCCUUGUCAGUGAGUGUAGAUUUAAUGAAUCGUAGAGAAGUUGAGAGGUUAAGACAAGUCUUACUUCUAUGGAGUUUUACAAUGGCAAAGCUUGAGAUCUUUUUUAAGAAGAACAAUGCUCCUAGGGAAGAAGGUGAGUCCUCACCGAACAAGUUGUGGGAGGAGAAUAAUAAGAAAGAUUGGUUCCACAAUGCUAAAUUCCGCGUGGAUUCUGUGUGGAUGUAUAACUUCAGCGGUUCAGAGGAAGAGUUUGCCUUGGCGUCUUGUUUGAUUAGGCAAAGGAUGGUGGUAAAAAAGAUGAUGAUCAAGAUGACAUCGUUUCCUGCAAGAAAGAAGUUGGAGAUAGAAACGGCUGUGGUCAAGCUACAAGCACUUAAAACGAAAGAUCAAUGGGACCUCACCAUCAAAUGUUUCUGAUGUACUUUUCUUCCAAUCUUUUCAAACUAAAUAUUUCAAGAUCGAAAUUUUUUAGUAUGGUAAAUCUGAAUAAUCUCCCAUUAAUAUUUGUUUUGGUACGCA